AUGGCUUCAAGGAGAGCUGCCUGUGAAGCUUGUCGGAAAGCAAAAAUCGCCUGUGAUCAUCAGCAGCCGGUCUGUGGAAGAUGCCAGAAUAAUAAAGGUGUCUGCAUCUAUCGCACAACACCAUUCAAGCGGAAGCGCAUCGAGAAACCGAGCAAUUUACCUUCACCAGACCCAUCACCCUCGUUUACCCCCCGGCGCAAUCCAUACCCCAACCCCGGUUACCUAGGCCCAUCCAGCCAUGCCGCUAUAUUCAAACAUAUCACGACAGAGGGAGAUCAUAGCACGGGCGCGCAGACGGGAAACCCCGAAGCACUGAAUCCGCAAUGGAUCGGCGAUAACUACUUGCUCUUACAGGGCGCUGAUGUUCUCCGACACAUCAUAACAACAUAUCCUCUUACCGCAAUGAAAGAGCUAGUGAUGUUUUGGUUAGCGAAAGGAGCCAAUCUAGCUCUCGCAGAGCCUUUCGUAGCACAAUGCGCAGAGAGCGUAAGCCAACUCUUUACAAUGAACGACGAGAAUUGGCAUCUGGUGUAUGCGCGACGACUUCUACAUAACUCUGCUCAGCCAUUGCGGUUCACACAGUCGAUGGAUUUGGCGGAGUUUUCGUCUCAAUUCAUGGACCAUAAUUGUCGCUGGGAAACCAUUGCAAUAUUCUUCGCGGCUGUGAGUCGCGCGACUAUUGAUAUCCCGUUUUUUCCUUCGCUCUAUACAGCUGAGGAGGCUCAAUAUACCCUACGCCGGCUUGCGACUAAACUGAGUGAUUUUGCGGUUGAGAUCUCUCUUUCUCUGGAUUGUCUGAAUGAUCUACAAUUGAUUGUGCAAUAUGAGAAUUUUAUUGUACAUUCCUAUGUGGAUGGUGAUGAAAGUUACCACUCCUGGCGCAAACUCGGCGAUGUCAUCUCAUCAACUUUUGCAAUGGGCUACCAUGAGAACCUUGAGAUGAAACCUGGUAUCCCGGGAUUUCUCAUGGAACUGCGCAAAUCUGCGUUUGCGCGAAUCUAUUCCGCAGAUAAGAAUAUCGCCAUCUUUCUAGGUCGUCCUCCUAGGAUGAACAAGCGUUUCUGCCAUUUCCAGAUUCCAUCUUGUCAGACAAGUUUACGAUCAGAUGAUGAAUCGACGAGUGUAACACCAGCACCUAAUAACCCACAUAGCGAUAAUCAGAUUAAUGUCUGGGAUCCCGAUUCAAAGCCCGGUUAUCGAGCCGAUACACGCUGGUCUGCGCUCUGCGCAUUCCUGAAAGAGGAAGUCUGGGAAUUACUUCAAGAUAAACAGGAUGCAGGAUGCGCAGCACGAGCAAGUGCAAUUCAACGGAAGGCUGAAGAGCAAUGGCGUGCACUACCAGCUCAUUUCCGCCUUGAAAGUAGUCUCAAGAAAUGUACACAAACACCAUUCGAUCGAGACUUCCUCGCACAUGUCCGACUCCAACAUCUACAUGUUCUCUUCUUGCUCCGCCUCUUACUAUUGAAUACUCUCACCGAACCGGAUAUCCCUAUCAUCGAGACAGCAGGACAAAUGCUUGCGCUUGUAGUUGAGAUUAUUCUUCUACGGGAUCAAUUAAUCAAUUCUGGAACUGGUCUUAUCUGGAAGGUCGCAUAUUAUGGCCUUCCAGCAGCAGGAAUAAUUCUCCUUGCCUUAUUAAAACAACACACAUCCACGGCAGGAAGUAUCCCCCGCACGAAGAUUCUGCGCGACCUAAGUGUCUUCGUUGCAGAGGUGCAGAUUGGAACGAUUGUUCGACCAGGGGAUCCUAAUUAUGCGCUCUUGUCCAAAGCUACACAGACAAUUCAGCGGUUCUUGGAUUCUUUCCACUCGGAUGCAGUACCAGGAUCAUCGGAACCGCAGGGGCAUCACGAAGAGGGAAGUGAUGAUUGGGCUGCAUUAUUGAGUCAGGAUUUGUGGGAUUAUGAGGCUGGGUUUUGGCAAUCCCUUGCUGAUCAUCCUGCAUUAUUGGCGGUUGAUCCGCCUUUACCUCGUGUUUGA